AACGGUGUUCACUACUGGAGGUACGCGAGAAUAUAUUGUUUAUGAAAAAGACUAAGGUUGUUGAUGGUUGGGGACAUAGCAAUUAUGAAUAUAGCAGCCAUUGGAUUGUUUUCAAACAAGUUUGAAAUUUAGGCUAUGUUAGUUAGUCGGAAGAACUACAGUACAUGAGAGAUGUCCCUAAGUCUUUGUGUAUUAAUGGUAUGUGCUCCUAUAAAUAGAACUCCAGUUGCCUAGCUUUCUCAUUACAAGAGCAAAGCAAGUUUUUACGGCUCUACUACAAUUUUCUGUCUUAUUAAGAUGGGAAAUUUACACAAGUAUGCUGCAGUACUUGCUUUUAUAUUUGCGUUGGUGAUAGGAACAUUUGAAUGCCGAACACUAAGAAAAGAAGAAUCUGUUGACACCUUCGGUGGAGGUGGCUUAGGUGGUGGUGCAGGUGGAGGUUUUGGGGGUGGUAGUGGUGGAGGUGUUGGAGGAGGAUUUGGACACGGUGGAGGUAUUGGAGCCGGUGGUGGCUUUGGAGGCGGGGCUGGAGGUGGGAGUGGUGGUGGAGGAGGAAUUGGAGGUGGUCAUGGUGGUGGUGCAGGUGGAGGCUUUGGAGGUGGUAGUGGUGGUGGUUCUGGAGGAGGAAUUGGCGGUGGACACGGUGGUGGAUUAGGUGGAGGUGGUGGUGCGGGUGGAGGCUUCGGAGGAGGUAGUGGUGGUGGACAUGGUGGUGGAUUAGGUGGAGGUAGUGGUGGUGGUGCUGGAGGAGGAAUUGGUGGUGGACAUGGUGGUGGAUUAGGUGGAGGUGGUGGUACAGGUGGAGGCUUCGGAGGAGGUAGUGGUGGUGGUGUUGGAGGAGGUAUUGGUGGAGGACAUGGUGGUGGAUUAGGUGGAGGCGGUGGUACAGGUGGAGGUUUUGGAGGUGGUAGUGGUGGUGGUGCAGGAGGAGGAAUUGGUGGUGGACAUGGUGGUGGAUUAGGUGGAGGUAGUGGUGCAGGUGGAGGCUUUGGAGGUGGUAGUGGUGGUGGUGUAGGAGGAGGAAUCGGUGGUGGACAUGGUGGUGGAUUAGGUGGAGGUGGUGGUACAGGUGGAGGCUUUGGAGGUGGUAGUGGUGGUGGUGUGGGAGGAGGAAAUGGCGGUGGUGGUGGUAUAGGUGGAGGAGGAGGUGCCGGAGGAGGCAUUGGAGGUGGUUCUGGAGCAGGUGGAGGUGUUGGAGGUGGCUUUGGAGGUGGACAUGGUGGUGGUGCAGGAGGAGGCAUUGGUGGGGGUGGUGGAAGAGGUGGAGGUGCAGGCGGAGGAUUCGGGGGUGGAUCUGGAGGAGGUGCGGGAGGCGGCUUUGGAGGUGGUCAUGGUGGGGGUGUAGGAGGUGGUUUUGGAGGUGGUGGUGAUGAUCGAGUUUAAAUCAAUAUUCAUGAUGUUAUAUAAAAUGUAAUGUACUAUAUAUGAAUCUAAUGAAAUAAAUGCAUCUUUUUAUUAAAUA